GCCAUUAAGCUAGGAAUCAGAACAAUGAGUGCUUCCUAAGAGAAGGAAGCAUUUUAGUAAGAUCUAGGGGCAGAUAUUUUCAGAGAGGACAUUAUUCUAGGGCAAGUCAGUCAGAAAUAAAUAAAUCGAGGUUAUUCAACCAAAUCAUCUGGGUUGACUGUAUACAGAGCUGAAGAAACUGCACCUUCUUGAAUUGGGUCUGAACAAUGGAGACUGCGCUAGCAAAAACGCCACAGAAAAGGCAAGUUAUCUUUCUUGCUAUAUUGUUGCUUUUGUGGGAGGCUGGCUCUGAUGCAAUUAGGUAUUCCAUGCCAGAAGAAACAGAAAGUGGCUCCUUUGUGGCCAACCUGGCAAAAGACCUGGGGCUCAGGGUUGGGGAGCUAGUUACUCGAGGUGCGCGAAUCCAUUACAAAGGAAACAAACAGGUCUUGCAGCUGGAUAUAGAAACCGGGAAUUUGCUGCUGUAUGAAAAACUAGACCGGGAGGUGCUGUGUGGGGUGACAGAUCCCUGUAUACUCUAUUUCCAGUUAUUACUGGAAAACCCAGUGCAAUUUUUUCAGGCUGAGCUGCAGCUUACGGAUAUAAAUGACCAUUCCCCAGAAUUCCUAGAUAAGGAAAUGCUCCUAAAAAUCCCAGAGAGCGUUCAACCAGGGACCAUAUUUCCUUUGAAAAUAGCUCAGGACUUGGACAUAGGUAUCAACACUGUGCAGAACUACACAAUCAGCCCCAACUCCCAUUUUCACGUUGUCACUCGUAAUCGCGGAGAUGGCCGAAAAUACCCAGAGCUCGUGCUGGACAAAUCCCUGGAUCGGGAGGAGCAGUCUGAGCUCAGUUUAACUCUCACAGCGCUGGAUGGUGGGACUCCGCCCAGGUCUGGGACCACUGCAGUCCGUAUUGAAGUCGUGGACAUCAAUGAUAAUGCCCCUCAGUUUUUACAGUCACUCUAUGAGGUACAGGUCCCCGAAAACAGCCCCCUAAACUCCUUGGUUGUCGCUGUCUCUGCCCAAGAUUUAGAUGCAGGAACAUAUGGGAAUGUAGUCUACACUCUCUUCCAAGGCGAUGAAGUUACUCAACCAUUUGUAAUAGAUGAAAUUACAGGAGAAAUUCGUCUGAAAAAAGCAUUGGAUUUCGAGGCAACUCGAUACUAUACUGUGGAAAUUGCAGGCACAGACGGCGGGGGGCUUUCAGGAAAGUGUACUGUAGCUAUAGAGGUUGUGGAUGUGAAUGACAAUGCCCCUGAACUUACCAUGUCGACGCUCUCAAGCUCUACCCCAGAAAACUCACCAGAGACCGUAGUGGCUGUUUUCAGUGUUUCUGAUCCAGACUCGGGGGACAACGGUAGGGUGGUUUGCUCCAUCCAGAACGAUCUCCCCUUUCUCCUGAAACCUACGUUCAAGAACUUCUACACACUAGUUACGGAGAGACCACUGGACAGAGAGAGCCAGGCCGAGUACAACAUCACCAUCACCGUCACCGACCUGGGGACCCCCAGGCUGACGUCAAAAAACACAGCUGCUUUACGAAUCACAGAUAUAAACGACCACGCCCCAGAGUUCCCCACCAGAGAAAUGCUACUAAAAAUAUCAGAAAUUACUACACCAGGAAAGCUAUUUCCUUUGAAAAUGGCACAGGAUUUAGACGUGGGUAGCAACAGUCUUCAGAGCUACAUAAUCAGCUCCAAUCCUCAUUUCCACGUUCUCACUCGCAAUCGCAGCGAUGGCAGGAAGUUCCCGGAGCUGGUGCUAGACAAAGCACUGGACCGCGAGGAGCAGCCUGAGUUUAGGCUUACCCUCACAGCGCUGGAUGGUGGGUCUCCGCCCCGGUCUGGGACCACGGAGAUUCAGAUCCUGGUCUUGGACAUCAAUGACAACGCUCCAGAGUUUGCUCAGGAGCUCUAUGAGGCACAAAUCCCUGAAAACAAUUCCCUGGGCUCUCUGAUUAUCACCGUCUCAGCAAGAGAUUUAGAUGCAGGGUCCUUUGGGGAGGUAUCUUAUGCCCUAUUUCAGGUAGAUGACAUUAAUCAACCCUUCGAAAUAAACGCAAUUACAGGAGAAAUUCGACUGAGAAAGACUUUGGAUUUUGAGGAAUUUCAAUCUUAUCAUUUGGAUAUUGAGGCUACAGAUGGCGGGGGACUAUCAGGAAAAUGUUCUUUAGUCAUCAAGGUUCUGGACGUAAAUGACAACCCUCCUCAAUUGACCAUGUCCUCACUCAUUAGUCCCAUUCCCGAAAACCUGCCAGAUAUCAUAGUAGCAGUUUUCAGUGUGUCAGAUGCAGAUUCCGGACAAAAUCAACAGGUUAUUUGUUCUAUAGAUGACAAUCUGCCCUUUCUUCUAAGACCAUCAGUCGAAAACUUCUACACCUUGGGCCCGUUUCCGGGCCACCUGGUGGACGUCAGCGGCGCGGGGACCCUGUCCCACAGCUACCAGUAUGAGGUGUGCCUGAGGGGAGGCUCAGGGACCAAUGAGUUCAAGUUCCUCAAGCCCAUUAUCCCCAACUUCGUGGGUGAAGGGGCUGAUAGGGGCACGGAGGAAAACUCUCACUUGAGAAAUCAUUUUGGGUUCAGUUAG